AAAUCUUGCAGUUAUUUAUUAAAGGGGUCAAAAAUCUGUGUUGAAACCGCAAUAAAAACGAAAUAUUUUAUGAUUGAUCAAGAUUCACAGCAUUGCUAAGUAUCCACAGAAAUUUCUUAUUAACUUAGGUAAAAUUCCAGUUAUCAACACCAAUAAUAAUAUCCAUUUUGAUAUAUUUUCAAUAUAUUAACAUAAAGUCAUACAUCGAAUUAUGGACGAUUUAGUUACUGUAAAUUUCAAUGAAAUACAAUCGGAUGAAGAGCUUGGAAGAGGUAGCUAUGGUGUUGUCCAAAAAGCAUCGUGGAAAACUGAGUUAGAAGUGAGACAAAUUGCUGUGAAAAUAAUUGAAGAUAAACGAACCGAGAAUAUUAAUUUCGAAAAAGAUAUUCACCGAGAAAUCCAGAAUCUACAAAAAUGUAUCCAUCCCAAUAUCAUAACGUUGUAUGGAGUCUCUAAAAACACCAAGAAUAACAUUUGUUUACUGUUUGAAUAUGCGGAUUGCGGAUCUCUCUACGAUUUACUGCAUCGCAAGAACUUUGAAGUUUCAUUCAACGGGAAUCUUGAUUGGAUGCUACAAUGUGCCAAGGGAAUAGACUACUUGCAUAACAAAAACAUAGUUCACCGGGAUCUUAAAACACACAACCUCUUACUUUUCAAUGGGUAUCGCACAUUGAAAAUAUGCGAUUUUGGUACAGUCAAAGAACUUGUAUCAAUGAAUACAGAAGCAGUUGGGACUCCUUGUUACAUGGCACCAGAAGUUUGCGUUUUCACCACUCUAGGAAGUCGUCCGAAUAUAGAGGAUGCGAUGAUUUUUGAGGAUUCUGAUUGCGUUAGGCCAAUAAUCGAAAAGUGUUGGGAUCGUGUUCCAGAAAAUCGGCCGACAAUGCAAGAGAUUUGUGAACUUCUCCCUAUGUAUCCUUUAGCUCACAGUUACAUAAACGUUGAGGAGAUUGAACUUGGCAAAUUUGUUGAAGAAUUUAAAGACAUGGAGAAAUUGGUUCUGCAAAAUAAAAUUAUGAAUGGGGAACGUCCGGAUAUAGAUUAUUUGAAGGAGUAUAAAGAUGCAGAUAGUUUAUUGCCAAUAAUUCAAAAAUGUUGGGACCAAGAUCCAAGUAAUCGGCCGCCGAUGAAUGAAUUGUGUAAUCUUCUUCCCAAAUAUCCUCGUGCUUCCACUAAAGUAAACUACAAUGCCUUAAAACUGGGCACAUAUAUUGGAACUGGUAGCUAUGGCAUUGUCUUCAAAGCAACUUGGCAAGCAGAAUAUGAAAUCCGAGACAUUACUGUAAAAAUAAUUCAAGCACAAAAAGAAAAGGCCAUCCUAAAAGAAAUUCAUGAUUUAAAAGAAUUACAUCAUGCGAAUAUUGCCGAACUUUAUGGUUUUUCUAUUGAUCGCGAAGAUAGAAUUUUGAUGCUCCUUGAAUAUGCAGACUGCGGAUCGCUCUGCAAUUUAUUGCAUCGUACAGACAACGAAGUUACAUUCUAUAUGGGCCUUGAUUGGAUAUUGCAAUGCGCCGAGGGUAUGGAAUAUUUGCAUGGCAAAAACAUUCUGCACCAGGAUCUUAAGACAGAGAACUUGCUACUGUUUGAUAAUUUUCGGAUAUUGAAAAUAUGCGACUAUGGUAGAGUAAAGGAAUUCGCUACCAUGAAUGAGGAGUUCAGUGGGAUAGAUAAUAGGGCUCCAGAGGUUCGCACCAAUAGAAAAUAUACAGCAAAAAGCGAUGUGUUUAGCUUCGGUCUGCUUUCAUGGGAAGUAAUGUCUAGAAAAAAAUCUUUGGCGACCAUAAUAAAUGGUGAUCGUCCAAAUCUGAUUGAAAUGAUGAAACAUGAGGAUAUUGAUGUCGUAAAAUCAAUAAUAAAGAAGUGCUGGGAUCAAGAUCCAGAUAAACGACCGACGAUGAAUGAAAUACACAGUAGUGUAUGUGAACUCCUUAAAAUUUUAGGCGUUAAUUAA